UGCCUUCGACGGGCUAGCUGGGCCGUGCGACGGAAAGGGACAGCUUAGCGAGAGCAGUCAUAGGCGGAGGAAGAGAGAGGGGGAUAGAGAGAGAAAUAAAGAAAGACGGAGCGUGGGGACCGGCCCGAUAGAGGGAGAUCGUAUACAAGGGACGGUAGUAAGGGGUGGGGGUGACGAAAUCGUGCGGCAGGGAUCUUCGCAUGAAGGAAGGCAGACUCUGGUGGUCAAUCGGGCGCCGCGCACCGCAGCAGUGACGCGUCACUGCACCCCUGUUUUCGAGUUGCACGUGUUUCUUUCCUCUUGACCGACGCUCUCUCACGUUCGAUUCCUCCUUCUCUCGUUUCCUUGGUCAGCUCGACGCGAUUACCACCGCUGUACACCGAAUAAGCGUGACGCCCGACCGGAAAAACACCGUUCCCCCCCGUUCUUCGUUGAUGGCAAAAGGUGUCGUUUCGUUACCGCGACACCUUCUUCGUUCAUUCACGUUACGCGGACGCCAACCGUCAGUCCAUCGGAGGGCCUGUACAACCGCAUACACGCCGCCGCUUGUGCCCGAUAUCUGGCCGGCCCUCCUCCGGAUCAUCGUAGAUCCGAAAACCGACGACGCUCCAGUGUGAAUUCCGUGACGAGCACGCGUCGCUCACGUUAAACUGUGCAUUCUCAGUGAUAUCAGUGAGACUCGUUCGCCGGAGAUACCCGGUUCCGAUCGUCUUGCUCCCGGCAAGUAACCGGCUACCGCCGAGAGAGGAUCGUUAACCAGCAACCGCUUGGCCGCGCCGAGCUGCAAAAGUGCUGUGAACGUCGCGCGGAAGACACGCAGCUGCGGAUUGUGCUUUUAGCUGGUGAUUGGACCCGGCCUGACCACGGCCAUUCUCGACACGCAUUGUGUUAGCGUGGCCGGAGGUGGCGGCGGAGGUGGAGGUGGUGGCGGUGGGACGGUCGCCGGCAGUCGGCUGAACCUACACCUUCGUUCUUGCGGAGGCAGCGGUGGCGGUACCGGCAUCGUCGGAAGUGACAGUGUUUCGGAUUACCCGCCAAGCGCUGCGGCAGCGCGGAGCCGGGAGGCGGCGGCGGCGGCGCUGCACGCGGCAAGAACCCUGUUGGGCGCGGGGGUGGCCAACCCUUGCUCACCCACCCCCGAACCGCCCUUCUGGAAGAUGCCACAUAAAGAGGAGGACUUGAUGCACGGGGGUGGUGCGGGUAUUGGCGGGGGUUCUAUGGUCGGACAGAACUCAAUAUUUGGGUGCUCGGCUGCAGGACACAGCGGGGUCAACCAGCUUGGCGGUGUUUACGUCAAUGGCCGACCAUUGCCAGACUCCACGAGGCAGAAGAUCGUCGAGCUGGCCCACAGCGGCGCCAGGCCCUGCGACAUCUCGCGCAUACUGCAAGUCAGCAACGGAUGCGUCUCCAAGAUCCUCGGCAGGUACUACGAGACAGGCUCGAUCAAACCACGUGCAAUCGGUGGCAGCAAGCCACGCGUGGCGACCACCCCGGUGGUUAACAAAAUCGCCGACUACAAACGGGAGUGCCCCUCGAUCUUCGCUUGGGAGAUCCGCGACAGGCUGCUCCAGGAGGGCGUUUGCAAUAACGACAACAUACCUAGCGUAUCGUCCAUCAACAGGGUGCUGAGGAACCUGGCCUCGCAGAAAGAGCAACAGGCGGCAGCGGUGCAGGCGCAUCAGGGUGCCGAGAGUGUCUACGAUAAGCUUCGGAUGUUCAAUGGCCAGGCUGCAGGUUGGCCACCGGCAUGGUAUUCCGCUACGCCAUCUCAUCAUCCUCUGGCCACUGGAAUUCCAACGACAGCAACCCCUGGUUCUGGCCAGUCGCUACUACCCGGCAGCCAACUUCAUGGACGCGACGACUCGUUGCUCAAACGAAGCGAUACCGGUUCCUUAUUGUCGCAUCAACAAGAGACGACGUCAGAUGGCAAUUCAGAGCAUAAUUCGUCUGGUGACGAAGAUUCGCAGGUACGAUUGAGGUUAAAGCGGAAGUUGCAGCGUAACCGGACAUCAUUUUCGAACGAACAAAUCGACAGCCUCGAGAAAGAAUUCGAGCGGACACAUUACCCGGACGUGUUUGCACGGGAGCGUCUCGCCGAGAAGAUUGGAUUGCCUGAGGCACGUAUCCAGGUGUGGUUCAGUAAUCGCAGGGCGAAGUGGCGUCGAGAGGAGAAAUUACGGAACCAAAGGAGAGCAGCCGUCGAUCAGGUAGUCGGCGGAGGCAGCAGCGGCGGCAGCGGCAGCACAGCACCCCCGGCAGCAACCCCUGCUACACCACGGUUACCCUUAAACGCCGGAUUCAACGCCAUGUACUCGUCGAUACCGCAGCCGAUCGCCACAAUGCCCGACACUUACAGCUCGAUGUCAAGCAGCUUGGGCGGGUCAAUGGGUGGAAGCUGUCUUCAGCAACGCGCCGAGGGAUAUCCGGCGUACGUGUUCCACGAGCCUCUCCACUCGUUGACGCAGUCUUACUCCCACGCACACAGCACUGCUGCGCACUCGCAACCCCAUCGUGGUAUCCCGACCUCUCAUGGUGGAACCCCCACCACACCCGGCGGACAGCCUGCAGGACCAGGUGGUGCGCCCUACCAGCCGACGACCUCGACCGCGACUGGUGUGAUAUCGGCAGGUGUUUCGGUGCCGGUGCAGAUCCCGUCGCAAACUCCAGACCUGACCGGUAACUACUGGCCUCGGCUCCAGUGAUCCCAGCUCUUCGGGUUCCCGCCUGCGAGCCUGCUCGUGGGCCAGGAGAGCCCGCCACCACCGACAGCCACCCCUGGUGCAGUGCCCCGGCCGCUGCUCGCGUCCCUUGGCAUACCAACGCAGCCGACGCAACAUCAGCCCUCGAACACGCCGGCUACCACUCCCGUGCACACCUCCGACACCAGUGAGUGAAUGAACCGAUCAAUCCUCUCCGAACGUUCUCUUCCCAGAGAUGACUUGUACUCGCGCGCGCGCGCGCACGCGCGUGACACUCGAUCACGGCUCGCCGCUGUCCGACGAAUCGCUGACCCCGAUCACUCGAGUCGCGGGGGAUACAUUUAUCGCGCGACCAAGAUACCAAGAUAGCUGCAGCUAGAAAACAGAGGAUCGCGGACUCGGGACACCGUGUCCUGGGUUUCAGGCGGGACUAUCGAGCGCGACGCGGUACCGAAAGCUUGCAUCGGCAAUAGCGGCUCGAUUCCGGUGAAAGCUGACUCGACCUAACGACGGUGUUAAUCUCCAGACGCGUUUUCUGUAGCAAUUGGAUCGAAAGAA